AUGCAUGCUUGUGUUAUUCAUUCGGGUGUUCAGGAACGCACCUUUACGCCGUUCAGAGACAUUUGGGUCCCCUUGGAUUUAUCUAACGCAGCAUCUUUCAAUGGAAUCUUAGCUCAUGCAGCUGCGGACUUCUUUGGUUCAAGAGGAGAUGUGAAUAGCUCUGAGAUUUUAAAGUUCAAGACAGAAGCCAUCGGGAUUAUCAAUAAAUGGCUUGGUACUGCCGUCACUGCUACGAACGACGAGGUUUUCGCGGGUGUCGUGCGGCUUCUCACAUUCGAGAGAUACUGGGGCUCUCGUGAACGAUUUGACCUUCACAAACACGGGCUGCGACACAUGGUAAAAGCCAGGGGAGGGUAUCAAGCUUUCGAGCCAAAUUGGAGACUCCAGCUUGUUCUUUCGUUGUAA